AUGUCAGCAGGCUUUGGUGAUGCUAACACCACCAUUGAUGAAGCUGCAGCAACCGUAAAGGAGAGUCCGGUGUCAGCAGGCUCAGCAGGCUCAGGAGGCUCAGGAGGUAUCAAUACUGUCAACAGAGACGCAGCAGCAUCGGCUUCUCUGGUGCAGCAGCAGCAAGUGGCGACAGCCAGCUGGGAGGCACAGGCUGAGCUGGCAGGGCUGCCGCCCGAUCUGAUCCGAGAAUCUGUGCAAGGAGAAGGGGCAAAACGGACUUUGCCUUUCCCAGAGCGGCAGGAGGAGGAGGGGUUGUUGGGGAAUAUGCGUGCCCUGAUGCCGGACGGGGGAAGGAUGCUGGAAGGAGGGAUGAUGCAGGAGGGGAAGACGCAGAUGGGAAUGAUGCAGGAGGGGAUGAUGCAGGAGCCUUCAUUUGGGGUGUCUCGAGAGUGCACAUGGCAGGAGGGGGCAUGGCAGGAGGGAGAAGGGAGUGCGAGCAUGCAGCAUGCGACUGCAGGCGAGCUUACUGUGCCAGGCAGCCCCUGCCUCCACUCACCGGAGAAUGCUUCACUUCCAGCCUCCCCAGCCUCCCCUGCUGCUGCUGCUGUCGGUGCUGCUGUUGCUGCUGCCGGUUCUGCUGCUGUUUCUGCUGCUGCUGUUGCUGCUGCUGCUGCUGCUGCUGCUGCUGGCGCUGCCUAUCCGCCCACUGGUUUCUUCUCGCCCACCGCUACUGUUGGUUGGUCAGAGGGAAAGAGAGGGCAUGCAUUGACAUUUCGGCAGCCUAUUGGAGCGUGUACGAGGUCUCUAUUCUCGCCCACCACUCCUGGUGUUUGCUGCACACCCGCUGCUCCUAGUUCCUCCUGCCCACCUGCCGCCACUCCUGGUGUUUGUCGUGAGAGGGAAAGAGGACACGCCCUGACGAUGCGAGAGCCUCCUGCCACGUGGGCGCCCCUGGUUGGAUUGGAAAAGGUACCGCGGUGGUCGGAAGUGAGGGGGAUGAGAGAGGAAGACAGGAGCGUGAGACAGGCAAAGCAGGAGAAGGAGGCGUGGGAAACAGAGGACUGGAGGCCUUACCCCAUCACCAUGUUUGAGGCGGAGCAAAAGCCUGUUAAGGCAUCGCAAUCAUCGCUUGAGGACUGGAGACCGCGCAUAUUUGAGCCGGAGAAAAAGCCUUCUCUUCAGACGCCGCAAUCAUCACCUGUUAAGGCAUCGCAAUCAUCGCUUGAGGACUGGCGGCCGCGCAUUCGAGCACGGUUGGAUGGGCAUGCGGUGGGGCUGGGAUGCAUCCAAGCGAGGAGCAUGAAGGAGAGGCACCGCCGCGAUCGCAUCAGGAGAGGCCUGGAGUUGCUACAUCGAGCGCUACCUGCAUCUCUCGCAAGAGCACAACUUGAUACAGCCACAAUGGUGGAAUCUGCACUCACUCACAUAAAGGAUCUGCAGGUCCAGAUUGGAGCCCUGGAGAACCCUGGAGGAGCUGUCAUCAAGACGACACCGAGUUUUGCAGUGGAGGAGACAGCAUGCGGCGCAACAAUAGGUGCAACCAGGGUCACGCCUGAGUCGAUUUAA